AUGGGCAUCUGCUGUUGUGCUAAGCUCACUGUGGCCGCGAUCCGUACAGGCUACUAUGGGCAGCCACCACCCGGCACCUACGGGGCGCCUCCGCCCACUUCCUACCUCGGGCCGCCGGCUUCCACCUACGGAGGCGCACCGCCGGGCUCCUAUGGCGCUCCUCCGCCGGCCACGAUGUACGGCGGCGCGCCGAUGUCCGGCUAUGCGGGCGGGGUAGGAGGCGGCGGUGGUGUUUCGUUUGAUCCCUACGGGUCCGGUGCUGGCGGCUGGGGCCAGCCGCCGGCUUCGGGUGCCAUCGCGUUUGACCCGUCAUCGUAUCGGCCCGCGGACGAGCCCAUCCCAUUCGACCCGUCGUCCUACACUGGACCCUACCCGUCGUCGGGCGGUGGCUGGAGCCAGCCGCAGCCGCCUCCUACGCAGGCGCCCACGUCGUACUACGGCGGUGCGCCGUACCAACAGCAGCCGCAGCCUCCCCCGACGCAGAUGCCCCAGACUUUCUACGGCGGACCCACCACCCCACAGGGAGGAGCUCCCACGUACCAACAGCAGGCGGCGCCUCCUCCGGCCUACACUCAGCAGCCCGUGGCGCCGAGCCCACAGAUCUAUGGCGCGCCAGCCAUUCAAGUCAUCACACCCCAGCCACAGCCACAGCCCCAGCCCCAGGUCCAAGUGCCGCCGCCGGCAUACCAGCAGCAGCCGGUUCAAGUGCAGGGCAACCAACCGUCCCAACAGCAGAUCGCUCAGCAGCAGCUCGCCGCCAAGCAGGCUGAAAUGGAGGACCAGAUGCAGCGGUGGAAGCUCUCGCAAGCCGCAGCUGAGCCGGCCAAGGUUACCGUGUCGCCACCACCCGGAAACCAGCAGGUCCAGCCACAGGUAUAG